GAUCAGAGACUGCAGACACAUUACAGGAGAUGAUCAGAGACUGCAGACAUACUACAGGAGAAGGUCAGAGACUGCAGAGAUAUUACAGGAGAGGGUCAGAGACUGCAGACAUACUACAGGAGACGGUCAGAGACUGCAGGCAUAGUACAGGAGAUGUGCAGAAACUGCAGACAUACUACAGGAGAUGGUCAUAGACUGCGUACAUAGUAAAAGAGAUGGUCAGAGACAGCAGACAUACUGCAGGAGACAGUCAGAGACUGCGGACAUACAACAGGAGAGUGUCA